GCAUCUUAAUUUGUAAACAACCAACAAGAAAUUGAGAGUCUCUAAUAAGUCUUAUCUAGACAAUCUAGAGUAAUCUAGAUCUAGAUUAUGUAGAUCUAGAUUUGUCUAUUCUAGAACCUAGACCUAUUCUAGAAUCUAUAUUUUAGAUCUCUACUAAACUUAAACGGGAUGUAAUUUUCUUCUUUGAAGGAACAUCUGUAAUUUAUAAGACAAGAUAAAAAGCCAGUAAAACAAAAGAAUUAGUCUUUGGACAAAGUCAUUAUGUCACUAGGACUGGAUGAUAAACUUUUGGGCGAGAAAGUUCACUAUUACUGCAGUAGUAGUGAAGAAGAAGAUAAUGACAGUGAUGAAGAGAAUGGGAGUGAUCAGGAGAAUGAAGAAGGUAAACCUUCUGCUAGAUCUGCUGCAGGCUACCCUGAAACAGAAUCAUUUGGUCCUGCUACAAAUACUGGACCUAAAGGUGUAAUUAAAGACUGGAGAGAGUAUAAACGUUUAGAAACAGAAAAAAGAGAAGAACAGGAAAGAGAGAGAUUGCAACUUGCCAAGAAAUUAACACUGACCUGUCGCUCACAUUUAAAUGAUGAGCAAGAAAAAAAAGAGGAUGAAGAGUUCCUUGCAGAUCUUGAAGGGAUCGAAGAUGAAUUUUUUAAAGAAUACCGGCUUAAAAAACUUGAAGAAAUGCGGAAAGCUAUGGCUAAUCUCCCCAAGUUUGGUAAAUUGAUUACACUUACAACUGACAAUUUUAUCGAAGAAGUCGACAAUGAAAAAGCAAAUGUUACAAUUAUUGUACACAUCUAUCAGGAGCGUGUGCCAGCUUGUGAAGCUAUGAAUGGAUGCCUAAUGUGUUUAGCCAGUGAAUAUCCUUUGGUCAAGUUCUGCAAAAUUUCUGCUUCAGAAGCCAACAUGUCCUUUAAGUUUGCACAGAAAGGAGUUCCAGCACUUCUGGUCUAUAAAAAUAAAGAAUUGCUUGGGAAUUUCAUAAACUUAAGAAAUGUAUUUGGUGAUGACUUUUAUGCCAAUGACGUGGAGAAUUUUCUUCAGGAAUAUGGAUUUUUACCCACAGCAGACUCAGUCUGCAUUGUUCGAGACAAAACAUCAGGAGAGAUUCGAGGAACUCUCCCAGAAGAUAAAGACAGUGAUAGUGACUUUGAUCUGGACUAAAUUGCUUUACAAGUGGAAUAAUUCUGAAGUUUUCAACUUAGACAAAGACAUCACUUUAGGAAUUUAACCAGUAACACAGUGUUUUGCCAGUAAUGAUUUUUUAUGAAAUAAUACAUAUCUUCCUUUAGAUGUUAUUUUUGUUUUAAAAAGAUAGGUGAAUGAUUUUUUUUUAAUAUUAUGGUAUCUACUUCUAUCAGAUCAACAUUAACUAGUUCUGUGAGUAAAAAAAAAGAAGAAAAUAACACAUAGUAAUAGACAUUUGGAAAUUAACUAUGACGUUUCACAUGGUAAUUGACAUUAACAACUGACAAUUUUCUAGAAUAUGUAAUAGACAUUUUCAAAUGAAGAGGCAUGUAAUACAAAGUAAUAAAAAAAUUUGUUAGUUUCUCCUUCUGUACUAUGAUCAUUAAUUGCUUCAGUAAUCAUAAAGAUAUAUCAUAGAUGUAUAUAUUUAUUUAUUUGUGGUCUGUGCACAUAUUGAUAAUUACAUUUUCUGAUAUUAAAAGCACUUAAAAACAAUUUAUUUAUUGAUAUGUUUGCCAAGACAUGCUGUAUGUAGAGGUUUUUAAAUGAUUUCUUUUAUGAUUGAAAAACAAGUUUUUAGGGGUUUUUUUUUUAUAUCCAUUUUAAAGAGUUGCAAAAUAUAGUGGAUUCUCAUUUAUAAAUAAAUAUUGAAUACACAUAAUUUCUCAAUAAUGUGUACUUUGAACUAAUACUAACUCUUAAUUCUAUUAGACUUGAAAAAAAAAUAUGUUUUACUAUAAGUUGUAUAAAGUCCUUGUGAAAAAGAAAUAUUUUUUACUAUAAGUUGUAGAAAGUGUCAAUUUGUAUGCUUAAAGCUUAAUAAUUUGUGUUAAAGACUUCUUUUCCUAAACAGUCUUGUCUUUUUUUUUCAUGCCUUUUUUUUCAUGAUCAAUCUUUACCCAUUGACCUACAAACUGGUCUUUGAAUCUGUCCAUAUUGUAUAAAUAACCUUAAUUAUUGUAAAUCUGUAAGCAAUGUUUGCUUUUUUUUGCAUUUAAUAUAUAUCAUGUUUCAGUUGUGGACAUUUGACACUAAUUUAUUUCAACAGAACUUUUUAUUUGGCCAAGUAAAAAAGUGAAAAAAAUAAUCUUGUAAGUUGUAUGAAAGUCUAUUUCUUUUUCUGAAUGCCAUUUUUUUGUGUUAUGGAGCAUUCUUUUUAUUGUACAGCAUGUAGAUAUGGGUAAGAUUAAGUGAUAUCUGGCGUCUAGGAAGAUAUAAAAGAAUAAUUGUAGACUAGUUCAGUAGUAACCUGUAAUAAACAUUUUGCACCAUUUUCCUCAUUUAUGAGAUUGUGAAAUUAUAAAAAAAAUAGUUUCCAUUAAUCAAGUAUCAUCAAGUAUAUUUUAAAACAAACAAAAUAUAAAAAUACUUUUAAAAAAUAGAGAGAGAGAGUGCUUAUCUAAGGGGAAGAACUUCCCAAUUAUAACUAUAUAUUUCAAUAAUGUAGAAUUUAUCUCCCUUUUUUAUAUCAAACAAAAUAAUUAAUUACCAAUAAUUGUUUUGUUUUUUUAAUUGAUUGAUGUUUUGUUAGGUACAAUAAAUAAUUGUGUAGAAUUAUCUAAAGGGGAAACCCCACAUAUUUAGCCAUAUCACUUACUACUGAAAGAUUAAUUUCCCUUGAUGGCAUCAAACACAAUAAAUACCAGUAAUUAAUUGACUAAUUGGUUAAUUUUUUAUUGAUUCAUGUUUUGUUAGGUAAAAUAAAUAAUUGUGUUAAGUUUCAAUUAGAUCAGAGAAUGGAUGUAAGAGAAAAUAAUUUAUUUAAAAUUUUUACCCGACAGACAGACAUAAGCUUUGUAAUGAUAUGUACUGUAUAGGUCAUUGACCAACUAGUGUAUGGAAUAAUUACUUUUUCUCUUCAUGCAACUGUGCUCAUUUUAAUCAUGCCAGCUUACUGCCAUCAUUUUCUUCCUUAAUUUUUUUCUGAAAUAAAUCAAACAAAAUGUAUAACAUCCCCUUUAAAUAGCAUUGUGAGAUAAUGUUUGAUAAUGAGGACGUACAAUCCCUCAAAUCUUUUUGGGGUCACAUGAAAAGUGGGAGCCCCACUGUAAUGUCCCACAUAAUAGUUUAUGCUGCCCAUCAGGAUUUCAUAAAAGAUGAUUCAGUCAUAAUAUGAUCUUCACAUCUUCUCUGUGCCUUGCCAGAUAUUACAAAGAUAGUAAGCUAGUCAAAUGUUGGAUCUGACAUUUGUGACCUUGAUGAUGCCACAGUCUGGAAAUGGGUUGUUUUAGAAUUGGCUGAUAAAAUGUUUCAAAGUCUGAUGUUUUUUAGUAGAACUGUGCUUUUUUAUAUGUUCUUUUCAUAAAAUGCAUUGAAACUUUUUUUUGUGCUAAUAGUCAUUACUGUAGAUCUGUUUGUGUCAAGACCUUGCUUAUUACAUUAAAUAUAAUUUACUUGAUGAUUUCAGCUGACAAAAUACUAUGAUAAGUAAAAAAAAAGGAUUUAGGUUGGAUCUAUUUGAAUGGCUUAACAUAGUCAAUAACUUAGGGCAAGCUGAUACGAGCUUGUCUUUAAAGUAUUUUUGAGAGGGUUUGGGGUACAAGGAUCCUCUGCUAUUUUCUUCUCCUUUAAGCACACACAAAGAAGAAUUGUGCUUGGUGUACUCUCCUAUAUGACUUAGGU